UAUCGUUUGUUAUACACAAGAUAAUUCAUUACAUUGUUGCAAAAUCAAGUUUUUUGACGACUAUAUACCUUGAAGGUUGUGUGGUGUCUUAAUAAUGCAUUUUCUCUUUUCCCUUUAUCUAUUCUAGCAUGCACCUGAGCUAAAAUCAAUAAACAGCACAGUGAUACAAUCAUCUGUUCAAUAUUUAAACACCCCUGAGAAUAUGUAGAAGUCAUGCUGUUUGCCCAAUCUCUCGGUAGUACAUUCCUUGCUAUUGGGUAAAGUGCCAAACUAUAAUACCCAUCUACAAACUCUCCAUCAAAGACAAGUUAAUUUUCUUCAAUUUCACUUCACUCGGGAGUUUGUAUAUAUAUAUGGUAUAUGCACCACAAUUAAUCUUGACAAUGUUUAAUUUGUGCUCACAAAAGCAGCCGGAUAAUUAGGAUGUGUGCAGCCGACCAAAUAUAGUACAAUGUGCAUUGAUGACAAUUUACCUGGGGACAGAGACAGAUGACAGUCUGUCUAGGUAUCAUUAGCAGGCUGAUGCUGGUAGAAUGAAUGUGCAAUUAUAUCAUGCAAAAGUCUUAUUGAUUUUUAAUGUAAUAUUGGUGACUGUCAAAUGACAAGAUACAGUAUAUCAUGGACAGAAGAGACAAUACCACAGUCUGUUGAAAAUUCCUCGGCUGUGAUUCUACAAAAAUCAAGAUCCCAGUGAAAGAACAGGUGAGAAACAUUGACGUCACAAUGGCCUAUAACAUACGCUUGAUCGUUCACGUUGCUUGUGGAUGUGCCGCGUUGUCGCUGUCACUCCUCACGAUUGGCUUCGCCACUCCCGGCUGGCUGGUUGUCAGGGUAACACCCAAAGACACUUCGAUAUGGAACUUCAAUCAUAAGGACCGAGAGGUGACGGUGUACGUGAGCGUGUUUUUCGCGAGGGCCUGCACGAGUCAGCUGUGUGUGCUGACCAGUAUACAAGACGGUAUGGACAAGUCUGAACAGAACAUGGUCCACAAACAUCUGUCCAGGGGUAUGAGCUGGAACAUUGAGAUACAGGUAGAGUCGAUCAUCACGUUAUUCUGUGCAUUGGUUGGACUUGUCCUUCUCAUAACCUUCAACAAGACCAAAGCUUCAAAGAAGGGGCUGGGCAUCGCUGGGCUCUUCUGUCACCUAGUCUCGGCUAAUCUGGUUACCGUCCUCAUACUGAAAAUGGCAGCUAUCAAUGGUCAGAUGGAGUUGUACGAGGACAACGAGUUUCAUUUCGAGGUGUGGACACCUUACUCAAUCGCCAUUAUCGGUGUGGGAGGAUUGAUGUCAUACCUGACGUCUCUGUUCUGUAUCGUCCUAGUCUGUGCGCAGCAGUCGAAAAACGUGCCUGUUGUCGUGGAUGGAGAGGAUACACAAGAUGAUGGUCAGCGUCCAAACGGCAACUGUAUCCACUCAAAUUUUAACGGCUACACUGUGAUUCUACAGGACUUUCAAACAUGUGGUACAAUUCCAGAAUCUUCAACGGUGGAAUCAUUUAGAUAAAAUGGUCCAUACUUCUAUUUAUUGACCAUAGCGGCACAAUGGUUACACGUUUGCCUUUCACCUAGGCGGCCGGGGUUCGAUUCCCCGAUCGGACGUAAAAAGGGUAUGAGUCAUCUGCUCGCCCACGUGAGUUUUAUCUGGGUUUCCCGGUUUCCUCCCACAAGACCUUCCAACUUCAAUUACUGAAGACAUGUUGGAAUUCUCUGCUGUAAAGGGUAAUUAGUGUAUCUGUUAAUGAACUGCGGUACAAAGAUAAUUACGAACCUCCAACGAGAGCAUAUCAAUGUAAUUUCUAAUGGAUUUAAAAAUUAGAAACGUUCGAAUGUCUCAAAGGACGUUAAACAGUGUACAAGUAUGUCUGAACAACAUCUUACCCUUGGAGUGGAUUUCAAACUCGCGCCCAGAGGUGGAGGGCUAGUGAUUAAGUGUCGGGACACCUUAACCACUCGGCUACAGCGGUCCCUUGUUAACAUAAACCAUUGUACAUAGCGCCCUCUCCCAGUAUACAUCUUAUGAUAUACUCGUGAACUUUCGGUUUGUAUAAAACAAUGUACAUGUAUGUGAACACCCUCUCCCAGGAUACGUCAAAUAAUGUAUUGGUGUACUUUGUAUGUGUGAACCACCAGUUGACAAGCUGGAUUCCAAAGUGAACAUCAAACGAUGCACGGUUUCUCCUUCCGCUGUUACAGACAAUGUGAGUGUGAACACAUAACAGGCGAAAGAUUGGAAACCUGUUAGUGUAGCAUGUCGUGUAUAAUCUAUAAAUUCUGUUACAAUUUACUAAAUUUAUUGUAAUAUAAUGUCUUCGUGUUUAUGUAGAUCUAUGGAUUGAUAAAUUAACCAUUUAAUGUUGUACAUGAUAUGCAAUAUGCACAUGAGAGCGGAAGAAAAUAUUCAUCUAUCGAAAUUAAUCAUAAUUAUCAUAAUUAAUCAUAAUUAAUCAUAAUUAUCAUUAUCAAUCGUAUCAUAAUCAUCAACACCAUACAAUGGAUAUGUAUUGUAAAUGUGAGUAUCGCAUAAAAUCCCUGCAAUGAUUGUGGUCUUUAACAAGAUAACAAGAACCGGGAGUUGUUAAUCAUAAUAAAUUAUUUAUUUCCUGUUAAAGACUUUAGAUUUGAAAGGGCAUUAAGGGACUUAGUUGCUUCAGAAGCACGUUUAUAAUGUACUGAAAUGUAGCAUUUGUAUGCAAUUGACCUUUUAAGCAUUUUAAGAAAAUGUUGAUAUGAUAUUAUUCGUAUUGAGGAAGUAUCGUUUCAUAAAAAUAUGAUAUUACAUGAUUAGACUAAUAAAGCUGAUUAUGAAAGUGCGAAAUGACA